UUCCUGGCCCCAAACCAGAAUGUGUUGUGAAGCUGCAGCACAGAAAAUCAGAGGUUGGUUAGGGCUUGACCUCGGCCUUCUCUGUUGGCUCCCCCAGAGCAUGCCACUGUGUGAGGAAAGGGUUCAGCGCUCCGCCCUGCUCAGCCUUCCCUGCUCUGCAAGGAAAGAGUUAACUCUCCUAGCAGCAGGCCACUGAUAUGCUCAGGCCUUUGAUUGCAGCUCUGGGCAGAGACAAAGGAAAGGCCCCCACAGAGGAGGAGCCUGAGAGUCUGGGCCCUGCCAGGGUGCUCAGUGGGGGGAAAAGCCUUUGGUGCAGCUCACAGCUCCCUGCCCACCAGCAGGCCUCAGAGGUGCACCCUGUAAGGCAAGUAGAGACCUGGUUGCCUGCAACGAGGGUGGGAGCAGCCUACUGUGGACUCGAGGUUCCAGUUUGACAUCUACCUUUCAGCUGUGAUUGUCCCAGCCUGCAGGAGGGCAGGAAAUGGCCACGGCACAUCCAGCUGAGGAACCCGUGACCUUCGUGGAGGUGGCAGUGUAUUUCAGCAGGGAGGAGUGGGAGCUGCUGCAUCCUGCACAGCGAGUGCUCUACCGGGACGUGAUGCUGGAGACGUAUGAGUCCAUAACUUCGCUGGGACUCCUUCCAUCCCCCAAACCCGUGGUGAUCUCCCAGCUUGAAGAAGGGGAAGAUCCCUGGAUCCCAGAUCUGCAUGGCGUGGAGGAUGUGACAGGAGACCUCAGCCCAGCAGGUGACAGGAUCACAAAAGCAGCGGAGCCUCUUCAGAAAGGUGGCGUGGCCCAAAGGCAGCUGAAUGCUGUCUCUGUGGGAAAAACCAGAAGGGGCGUGCAAAAGGGCCUGGAGCAUGGAAAGCAUCUCAAGAAGCCACUGAAAACCCAUCGAGGAAAUGGAGCUCGGAAGCCCCUAGAUGGCAGCAAAGGUCAAAAGGAGGCUAAAGAACUGACAAUGAAGCAAGGCUGCCAGAAGAAAUUGGAGAACCAAUGUGACGAGUGUGGAAGAAUCUUUAAAAGUCAUUCCUAUCUUCUUAAGCACCGGCGCAUCCACACAGGAUACAAACCCUACAAGUGCACUGAGUGUGGGAAGAGCUACAUAGAAAGAUACAAUCUUGUUAUACACCAGCGGAUUCACACAGGAGAGAGACCCUACAAGUGCUUGGAGUGUGAGGAGAGCUUCAGAAGCAGCUCUGCACUCGCCUCUCAUAAGUAUUUUCACACAGGAGAGAGACCCUACAAGUGCCCUGAUUGUGAGAAGAGCUUCAAAACGAGUUCUGAACUCAAAUUGCACAAACGGAUCCACACAGGAGAGAGACCCUACAAGUGCCCUGAUUGUGAGAAGAGCUUCAACACGAGUUCUGGGCUCAAUGUGCACAAAUGGAUCCACACAGGAGAGAGACCGUACAAGUGCCCUGAUUGUGGGAAGGGCUUCAUAAGGAUUUCUUUACUCAAUUUGCACAAAUGGAUCCACACGGAAGAGAGACCCUACAAGUGCCCUGAGUGUGAGAAGAGCUUCCACUCAAGAUCUGGACUCAAAUGGCACAAACAGAUCCACACAGGAGAGAGACCCUACAAGUGCCCUGAUUGUGAGAAGAGCUUCAAAACGAGUUCUGAACUCAAAUUGCACAAACGGAUCCACACAGGAGAGAGACCCUACAAGUGCCCUGAUUGUGAGAAGAGCUUCAACACGAGUUCUGGGCUCAAUGUGCACAAAUGGAUCCACACAGGAGAGAGACCGUACAAGUGCCCUGAUUGUGGGAAGGGCUUCAUAAGGAUUUCUUUACUCAAUUUGCACAAAUGGAUCCACACGGAAGAGAGACCCUACAAGUGCCCUGAGUGUGAGAAGAGCUUCCACUCAAGAUCUGGACUCAAAUGGCACAAACAGAUCCACACAGGAGAGAGACCCUACAAGUGCCCUGAUUGUGAGAAGAGCUUCAAAACGAGUUCUGAACUCAAAUUGCACAAACAGACCCACACAGGAGAGAGACCCUACAAGUGCCCUGAUUGUGAGAAGAGCUUCCAGUCGAAUUAUGGACUCAGUUUGCACAAAUGGAUCCACACAGGAGAGAGACCGUACAAGUGCCCUGAUUGCGGGAAGGGCUUCAUAAGGAUUUCUGUACUCAAUUUGCACAAACGAAUCCACACGGAAGAGAGACCCUACAAGUGCCCUGAGUGUGAGAAGAGCUUCCACUCGAGUUCUGGACUCAAAUUGCACAAACGGAUCCACACAGGAGAGAGACCCUACAAGUGCCCUGAUUGUGAGAAGAGCUUCAACACGAGUUCUGGGCUCAAUGUGCACAAACGGAUCCACACAGGAGAGAGACCGUACAAGUGCCCUGAUUGUGGGAAGGGCUUCAUAAAUAUUUCUGAACUCAAUUUGCACAAAUGGAUCCACACGGAAGAGAGACCCUACAAGUGCCCUGAGUGUGGGAAGGGCUUCAUAAGGAGUUCUGCACUCAAUUUGCACAAACGGAUCCACACAGGAGAGAGACCCUACAAGUGCCCUGAGUGUGAGAAGAGCUUCCAGUCGAAUUAUGGACUCAGUUUGCACAAACGGAUCCACACAGGAGAGAGACCCUACAAGUGCCCUGAUUGUGAGAAGAGCUUCAAAACGAGUUCUGAACUCAAAGUGCACAAACAGACCCACACGGGAGAGAGACCCUACAAGUGCCCUGAGUGUGGGAAAGGCUUCAUAAGGAGUUCUGGGCUCAAUGUGCACAAAUGGAUCCACACAGGAGAGAGACCCUACAAGUGUCCUGAUUGUGGGAAGGGCUUCAUAAGGAUUUCUGUACUCAAAUUGCACAAACAAAUCCACACGGAAGAGAGACCCUACAAGUGUCCUGAGUGUGAGAAGAGCUUCUACUCGAGUUCUGGACUCAAAUGGCACAAAUGGAUCCACACAGGAGAGAGACCCUACAAGUGCCCUGAUUGUGAGAAGAGCUUCAGCACGAGUUCUGGGCUCAAAUGGCACAAAUGGAUCCACACAGGAGAGAGACCCUACAAGUGCCCUGAGUGUGGGAAGGGCUUCGUAAGGAGUUCUGAACUCAAUCUGCACAAACGGAUCCACACAGGAGAGAGACCCUACAAGUGCCCUGAGUGUGAGAAGAGCUUCAGCACGAGUUCUGGACUCAAAUGGCACAAACGGAUCCACACAGGAGAGAUGCCCUACAAGUGCCCUGAGUGUGGGAAGGGCUUCCAGUCGAGAUAUAGUCUCAAAUUGCACAAACGGACCCACACAGGAGAGAGACCAUACAAGUGUCCUGACUGUGCAAAGGCCUUCAAAAGCAGUUCUGAACUUAGAUCACACAAGCGUGUCCACAAAGGAGAGAAGCUGUAGCAGUGCCCUGAGUGUGGGAGGAGAUUCCGCCAGAGCUCGAACAUGCCUACAGGAGGGCAGGAAAUGGCCACGGCACAUCCAGCUGAGGAACCCGUGACCUUCGUGGAGGUGGCAGUGUAUUUCAGCAGGGAGGAGUGGGAGCUGCUGCAUCCUGCACAGCGAGUGCUCUACCGGGACGUGAUGCUGGAGACGUAUGAGUCCAUAACUUCACUGGGACUCCUUCCAUCCCCCAAACCCGUGGUGAUCUCCCAGCUUGAAGAAGGGGAAGAUCCCUGGAUCCCAGAUCUGCAUGGCGUGGAGGAUGUGACAGGAGACCUCAGCCCAGCAGGUGACAGGAUCACAAAAGCAGUGGAGCCUCUUCAGAAAGGUGGCGUGGCCCAAAGGCAGCUGAAUGCUGUCUCUGUGGGAAAAACCAGAAGGGGCGUGCAAAAGGGCCUGGAGCAUGGAAAGCAUCUCAAGAAGCCACUGAAAACCCAUCCAGUAAAUGGAGCUCGGAAGCCCCUAGAUGGCAGCAAAGGUCAAAAGGAGGCUAAAGAACUGACAAUGAAGCAAGGCUGCCAGAAGAAAUUGGAGAACCAAUGUGACGAGUGUGGAAGAAUCUUUAAAAGUCAUUCCUAUCUUCUUAAGCACCGGCGCAUCCACACAGGAGACAAACCCUACAAGUGCACUGAGUGUGGGAAGAGCUACCUAACAAGUUCCAGUCUUGUUAUACACCAGCGGAUUCACACAGGAGAGAGACCCUACAAGUGCUUGGAGUGUGAGAAGAGCUUCAGAAGCAACUCUGAACUCGCCUCCCAUAAGUAUUUUCACACAGGAGAGAGACCUCACAAGUGCUCACAGUGUGAGAAGAGCUACAGAAGAAGAGUAGAUCUCAUCUCCCACCAGGGCUUUCACACAGGAGAGAAGCCCUACAAGUGCCCUGAGUGUGGGAAAGGCUUCAUAAGGAGUUUUCUACUCAAUGUGCACAAACGGAUCCACACAGGAGAGAGACCAUACAAGUGCCCUGAUUGUGAGAAGAGCUUCAUAAAGAGUUCUGACUUCAACUUGCACAAACGGAUCCACACAGGAGAGAGACCCUACAAGUGCCCUGAGUGUGGGAAGAGCUACCACUCGAGAUCUGGACUCAAAUGGCACAAACGGACCCACACAGGAGAGAGACCCUACAAGUGCUCUGACUGUGGGAAGGGCUUCAUAAAGAUUUCUAUACUCAAUUUGCACAAAGGGACCCACACGGGAGAGAGACCCUACAAGUGUCCAGAGUGUGGGAAGGCCUUCAUAACGAGUUUUCUACUCAGUAUACACAAACGGAUCCACACAAGAGAGAGACCUCACAAGUGCCCUGAGUGUGAGAAGAGCUACAAAAGAAGGGUAAAUCUCAUCUACCACCAGCACUUUCACACAGGAGAGAAGAGCUACAAAUGCCCUGAGUGUGGGAAAGGCUUCAUAAGUAGUUUUCUACUCAAUUUGCACAAACGGAUCCACACAGGAGAGAGACCCUACAAGUGCUCACAGUGUGAGAAGAGCUUCCUCUCGAUUUCUGGACUCAAAUGGCACAAAUGGAUCCACACAGGAGAGAGACCCUACAAGUGCUCACAGUGUGAGAAGAGCUUCCUCUCAAGUUCUAGACUCAAAUUGCAUAAACGGAUCCACACAGGAGAGAGACCCUACAAGUGCCCUGAUUGUGGGAAGGUCUUCAGCAGGACUUCUUCACUCAAGUUGCACAAACGAAUCCACACGGAAGAGAGACCGUACAAGUGCCCUGAGUGUGAGAAGAGCUUCAAAACGAGUUCUGACUUCAAAUUGCACAAACGGACCCACACAGGAGAGAGACCCUACAAGUGUCCUGAGUGUGGGAAGGACUUCAUAAGGAGUUUUCUACUCAAAUUGCACAAACGGAUCCACACAGGAGAGAGACCAUACAAGUGCUCACAGUGUGAGAAGAGCUACAGAAGAAGAGAAGGUCUCAUCUACCACCAGCGCUUUCACACAGGAGAGAAGCCCUACAAAUGCCCUGAGUGUGGGGAGAGCUUCAAAGCGAGUUCUGGACUCAAUUUGCACAAACGGAUCCACACAGGAGAGAGACCCUACAAGUGCCCUGAUUGUGAGAAGAGCUUCCUCUCGAGUUCUGGACUUAAAUUGCACAGACGGAUCCACACAGGAGAGAGACCAUACAAGUGUCCUGACUGUGCAAAGGCCUUCAAAAGCAGUUCUGAACUUAGAUCACACAAGCGUGUCCACAAAGGAGAGAAGCUGUAGUAGUGCCCUAAGUGUGGGAGGAGCUUCAGCCAGAGCUCGAAGCUGGUCACCCAAUUCUAGAUUCACACAGAAGAGAACCUUACAAAUACCUUGAGCAGAGGAAGAGCCUUGUGGCAAACUCAUCUUCAAACCCUCCUGCAUAUCAGACUCCCUCCCCCGAAACUUGAAGCCGAGGUUUAGCCCCAUGCAGACAGCAGGGAGCACUAGGUGUAAGAAUAAGAUGUUUUCCCAGGCUGUGUUCCCUGGGAGAUAUCACUGAGAGCCCAUCAGGGAAUGGUGCAUAUGUCUGAGAGCAGAGAGAGAAACCCUGUCCCUAGUGUGGGCAUCCGACGAUGGCUGUUGGACAGAUCCAAUCCCCUCUUCACUUCCUUAUUCUGAUUAUCACUAUGUAAAAUAUUCUCUAGGAUUCCUGACUUUCAUGUCACCUUUUUUCUAAACUGCAGCGCACUGAGGAGCUCAUGUUGGUAAGUGAUUUCCCUGUCUCUGUCUCAACCCAUGUGCUGUGAGUUUUUUCUUGUUAAGGAGGAAGCACAAGCCCCAGAACAAGCAAGCAAGGAUACCAAGUGCUGAUAGAACAAAAGGUAACAUCAGAAGAGCCACUAGAGGAAGAUCUUGCCUGCUGGAUCCCCUAAAGAAAUGUAGGGGCAGGAGAUGAAAAUUCCUUACCUGGAAGUUUUAGCUUGAGAGACACAACAGGAGGCAGGCGAAUUUUUAUAGCAUGCAGGAACUGAUACACGCAGAGGUAAGGACUCUGGUCAUUUGAUGUCAGGUGGGGAGAGGAGGAAGGUCUUAGAAAUAUAGUCCCAGAUAUAUUAUUACAGAUCUGUUCUACAUAAUACCUUGAAACAGCUGCUUCCUUGUACCUGAUCUGCCCGGACAAACCUGCUUUGCUGUGCAAGAGAUGGAACCAGGACCUGGAUCCUGCCUGGGGUAAAGCUUUCCUGGUUCUGAAACACUUUGCUGCUCUUGUCUGUCCUCCUGGUCCUGCUGGCAGGGGGCAGAAGAGCCUCCUUUAGGACUGGGUCAGCCUCACAAAGUAUCAGAAAAUGUCUAAAAGCAGACAGCAAAGAGAAAAGGGGAGGGGAACAUAAAUAGAAACUAAAUAGAAACAAUGCAGCGUGAUGAGAAUAAAUCUGUCCCCUCCAUUAAAAAGAAAAUAAAAUAUAGAGAAGCAAUGCCAUGAGUGGUGGCUUGGAGGAAUCAAGUGCUGCUGCAAGAACUGUUUUGUGCCCGCACACCAGGCAUCUGACCUUUUUCCUUUAAAAAACAGCAACAAAACAAACAAACAAAAAACAAAAACAAAAAAACAGAGUCACAGAGUCUAAUCCAAGGCUCACAAAAGAACACUGCAAAUCCAGAGCCUUCCAACUUGAGGACUUGCAUACUCUUUUACAGAGCCCGUAUCAUUCAUUUCUUGGCUGCAGCCAAGAGAGGAACAGUGAGCAAUAAGCUGCAUGCUUUGGGUCCUGACAGCUAUCUCCCAUACUUUAAUAGCAUGAUGGGUCAGAUCCUGCUUUUCCUUUUCCCUUUUGCAUGACCUUCCAAGUCUGGUGCUGAACUUUAGAUGCUCAGGUGGUGCUAAGCACCAUGCCAGUCCUUGUCUCAAAGGGGGGAAUCAUGUGGAAAAGGAAAAGGUGGGCAGGGAGCUGUGAGCUGCACCAAAGGC